GCCGUCAACGCACAGGACGCCUCAACCAGUGAAGUACUUCCGGCGGUUGUGCAAGCCAGGCAGGUCCAUGAACAGAGCCCCGGGUGAGGGCUGAGGAGCGUUGCAAGCCCGAGGGUGGGAGCUUCCGACAGGAUGUGGAGGUUGCAGUCGCUGCUCACAGCCAAGUGAUGGUUGAACUGGACUUCACAGCACUCCACUUCAGUGCAGGGACUCGGGGCCAUCACAUUUGCCAAUUUCAUGAUGUGGGGAUCAUCACAUCCGCGCACACAUGGCUCGGGUGCUGGACUCUUCAUCUCGGUUUCCUGCACUGACCAGGUCUGUGGAGCGGGACGAAUGGCAGCACUGAGGUGAGGUGAGGUGAGGUGAGUUGAGUUGAGUUGAGGCGAGGCGAGGCGAGGUGAGCCAGGCAUUUGUUUGGAGUUGUGUCACUGCUUGACAUGUUGCGUGCUUGACCCUUGCCGCUCUUUGUGUGCAACGUGAUGUGCAUGUCCAGAAUGGUUGUGGUGACGGAGUCUAGAUUCGUGUGCUGUGGACACCAUGGCGUUGUUGUCUUUUGCUGGAGCAUUUCCUGCGCGAAGCGACGGCCAGCGCGAGUGCAUUGUGAAGCGUGAGGUGAAGACGAGAACAUGUGAGCCGAGUGUGUGGCGGCGCUGUAACCACACGUUGAAUGUGCAGCUGCGAGACUCUGAGGUGGAGGUUGUGAGCAUGUGUGUCAAAGUCAAGCGUGUGUGCAGACAUGAUGUCAUGUUGGGCGGAAGGAGGAGGAAUUUGUGUCGUUCCACGAUUUGGGCGUGGUGGCUAGCAGGAAUGUUGGAGAGGCAGGGCAACGCAGGUAUCCAGUCGGUGCAGCGGAUGAACCCGUUUCACGGAUGGAAGCGUUGAUGUGAGUGGUGGCGUGAGGGACGGAAAAGAGGCAGUUGACCCACAGGGAUUGGAGGUGGAUGUUUGGGCGAGUAUGUUGUGUUGCGCCGCCGAGAGCUCUUUCGUCUCUUCGGAGACAUCUGAUAAAAUUGGAACGAUACAGAGAAGAUUAGCAUGGCCCCUGCGCAAGGAUGACACGCACAAAUCGAGAAAUGGUCCAGAUUUUUUCGUCCCUCUUUCCGGGUCACUCAAUCUUCCUUUCGCAGUCUGCAAAGUCGAUCUUCUUU